AUGUCUCCGAAGAGCAAGUCCUCAAAGCCUGUUCGAAAGCAUGUGACGACGGCGUGCAACCCUUGCAGAGAGGGCAAGUGCGACGGAGCCAAUCCCACUUGCGGAAAUUGCGAGGCAAAAGGCAAGAGAUGCUCCUAUCGCCAAGUUGAUGACAGGCGCAAAAUCCCGGUACGAGUGAGCUUCGGUGUUCUGGCAAAGAGAGUCAAUCAGCUUGUUUCUUAUAUCGAAGGACAAGGCUUAGAAAUCCCUGGCAUGGAUGAGAGCGACAGUUUGAUGAUCGAAAGCAUAUUUGAUGCGCUUGGGAUGGAAUGUUAUGGCCUUAAAACUGGGAAGGAUACGUCGACUCUACAGCGGUACCAUGACUUCGCCAAAUCUGGGGAAGACGGUCCGCUUUCUCCAAGUGCAAUAACACCUCAUCAUUAUGAUGCGGUUGCCGCUUCUUUUUCACCAUCGACCGGUGCAGAUCUGCAAGAGACUCAAAGGGAUGAAUCGCCGAACACGACGAUCCCCAGGGCGCUCGCUGCCUCGGCGUGCUCCUCUGACCCCACCGAAACUAGACCUCAACCUCAACCUACUCCGCCUCCUCAUGAUUUCGAGGAGCACGAAGAGGAUGAGGUUACUAAUCAGCUGUCAUGCCGAUUAGGACGACUUCAAGUGAUGCAUGACGGACAGCUGCGGUACUACGGGUCCACCUCCAACCUCAACCUCCUGGAUAUCCUGGUCGGUGUCGCUCCGCCAUGCUCGACAAAUGCUCAAAAAGGAGCACACGAAGUCUUGAAGAGUGCGGAGCUUGAUGUCCCAGUUGAGGAAUCAUUCGAAGAGCAUCUGCUGAAGCUCUACUUCACAUGGCAAGAUCCCUGUCUUCAUGUCGUGGACGAACAAGUAUUUUGGAGGUCUAGAGCACAGGAUCUGUACGAUGACUUGGAUACACCAUACUACUCGAACACGCUAGUAAAUGCUAUGUGUGCAAUUGGAGCUGCGUACGAGCCACGAUACCACCCGAGUUUUGUAACCUUUCCUCGCUCGCUCGCCGAGUUCUUCGGUGACCGUGCUAAAGUAUUGCUUGAGUUAGAAUUGGAGAAUCCAUCAUUGGCCACAGUUCAAGCCUUGGUUAUAUUGGGUGGGUAUGAAGCCUCGUGUACGAGGGAUACGCGGGGCUGGGUGUACAGUGGCAUGGCUAUGCGACUAGCCUUUGAUCUUGGACUUCAUCUGGAUAUGGCUCCAUACGUGGCUAAAGGCAUCAUUCCUUCGGAAAAUGCCGAAAUUCGCCGCCUAACCUUCUGGGGAGCAUAUAUGAGCGAACAGUUCUGGGGUUGGUACCUCGGUCGUCAUACUCGAAGCCCAUUGCCGGUGAUCACAGUCCAGAAGCUGGAUGGGUGCAAUAAUUCAGGAGCGAAAAGGUGGGAGCCAUAUGGCUCCCCAACCGCCUCGGACAACAUAGCCGCUUUCCCAAACACAUUGAGGAAACUAUCCUCAGAAUGGAUCUCUCUCUAUGAUCUCCCAUUGCCACUUACUGAUGUUUUAUAUGGCUGCUCUUCUAUCUCCACACGGGAAAUGCAGAAGCUAGCAGCCGAUACAGUGGAGAAGCUCAAGUCUUGGAAGGCUGACUUGCCAGCAGAGCUGAGCGUUGAUGAAUCCGAGAGUGGAGUUCAGCCUCUUCCGCACGUGCUGGCCCUACACAUGCAAUAUUACCAGGUGAUGAUUCAUUGUCACCGUCCGUACAUCUCUCACGUUCUCCAGCCUCAGCCGCCCCAGGGUCCAGGCUCAGGGCAUGCACGCAUGACGUGCAUCGAGUCGGCGAUAUCGAUAGCGAAACUCCUCGCCCUCUAUGAGCGACACUAUAAUUUCCGCCGGGCCAAUUAUUUAAUUGUGUCAUUCGUCUUCUCGGCUGCACUAAUUCUUAUUUUCAUCACGGUACCUGCGAAAGGUAAUGACGAAGAUCAAGAGUUGAUCGAGCAUCUGAACACUUGUUUCCGUGCGCUGGAUGAGAUGGGCAGUCGCUUCGAAAAUGCGAGACGCACCAAUACUUUUCUCACAACACUGCAGCGCGAGUGGCAGAAUCUCCGGCGAAAUACGAAGGUAUCUUCAGGCAUCAAGCGGAAGUUGCCGUACUCGUUCACAACGACUGGCCGUCGGACUACGGCUCGAGAUGGGAGUCCCCCACGCCCAGCACAUGAUCAGAGCUGGUCUGCAGCAGCGGUAGAGCGAACAGUAGAACAAGCAGAUGUUCUUCGACACUCAACUGAUAUCCCUUCCAUCGAUAAUGGCUUGACUUACUCUCUGGAUUUCAUGGAGUCCGAUUUGUGCAAUAUCCUUCUCAGCGAGGGAAUUCCGAGGGCAUUCGUGUAG